AUGGCUCCCUCCGGACACCUGCUGGACAUCCGCCGGCCGCACAAUCCCAGUUCAGUUUUUAAUCCGCCGUCCCGUGCAAUUAUGGAUGAAAUCGACAACGCAGCUCAUUCGCCUUUUUGCCGUUGGCGAUCCGACGACGCUGCGUCUCUCAUUUCGGCGUGUCUCUCGCCUUGGUCACUCGGCCGAUACUCGUUUUCGAGUUUCACCUUCUGUAAACUACACCUCGCACGUCGUGACUUUGCCUUUUCUCUUUCUCUCAUUUUUCCAAACAUUUUUGGGAUGUAUUAGGAGACAACGAAUUCGACUAGAAAACGGUCUGAGCGACCUUGGCUUCAUGCCAAGCAAUUAAUGUGGCCUUUGAUCACUUUUCGUUUUCACCUGGAAGGCCAGAAAAAGAAAAUUACCCUCUGAAGGUAUUUUCGAUGAGGUUUAAUCUUGACACGCCUUCUUUUGAAGAGCUUUUCAGGUCGUCUCCAGCAGGAAGAAGGUGAAAAAUUUCCCACUUUUUUGACCUUUCUCUAGUUCGAUCCGCAUCAUUUUUCGAUAAGAUAGAAUUUAAGUUAGAAAUCGAAUCUUUCAUGUUUUAGGAUAUGAUUUUGAUGGGUUCAAGUUUUGAGAGAUUUAACUUUUCCAUCGAACCAUCAACCUGAACGGUAAUAAUUUCUUUAUUUUCGAGAUCAGACUAGAAAAAUUGAGGCGAGUCAAUAUUCAUAGCCGUGGAGAAUUUGCCUCUUAAAUCUUGUGAGAAACAGAUAAACGAUCUCUCUUUUCGGGCUGUUUCCACACGAACAAUGGCGCAACAUCGCAUGCAAAUUUUACCUUGUCCGACACCCAUUUUGACCCACUUCGCCUGCGGACACGUCCUAUUCAAAACCUCCGCUUUUGCCAUCGAUCGAGUUCUAUUUUAUGCUUUUAGAAUCACUUCGAAUAUCCCUAUGUCAUCCUCUGACAACUCAGUUCCGUUUCCAGUCUAUCAGCUCACUGGCUUUACGGCUUUAUGCUUGAUUCAAAAAAAGUUUGAGAAGUGGUCGAUUUUAUGUUCUUGAAGUCGUCGAACUUCGGAAUUUAUUAAAAACAGCCACGAAAACUCCUUGAUGUCCUGGGUCUUAAAAUGUACCACUUUUUUUGAAGUGACAAUGAUCCCUCGCCUGGAUUUCAUGCUAAAAUAUUUCUUCAAAGCUUUUUCGAAAAGUAGAUAGUUCAAAAGUUCGAGACUUGAAAAUAUUCAUUUUCAAAGAGUUUUUUAGCCCAUUCCAAUAGAAUCCAGAACUUCAGCGACUCGCCGUUUUCCGUUUUUUGAUAUUUUCUUUGGAAAGAAUGACCUAUGUAUAUUUUCGAUGCUUCUAGCUUUUACAGAACUUUUUUGAUAAAAACUUUAUACGUCCGAAUUGAGGCUCUUAUCAAUAAGCAGAUUGAAAGGCGUUCGGAAAUUCGAGACGCGCAGAUUAAUGAACAGCUCCCGCUGCGUCGUCGACCCAAUAUCACUAGUGUUCGUCUUCAUCUCAAUACCUGACUCCGGUGUUCACUUUUCUGGACGACGUUCCUUUUCCUCUUCUCAGUAAUCGUAGGAUUUGACCGGAACUCAACAACUGGUCGCCAAAUAGCGGCUGCGAGGAGGCAAAAAACGGAGAAGCCAUUGAGAUCCCAAGGACGCCGUCUCACCUGAGGAACACGGCCUUGACGGACCGACGCCACAACAGAAAUUCAACGGAAUUUCAAACCGAUCGAUUGAUUUUAUCGCUUUUCAUCGGGUUGAAUGUUUUCGACUUCUUCUUCUGUUUCCAGACGCGUGCCAAAAGAAAACUUGUUCUUCUUUUCGCUGUAUGACUCAGCACUUUUUUCGCGAUUAAGUUCUUUAUUCAAUCCCUAUUUAAAGUAUAAACUACUUCCUCAAAAUCAGUAUUUUUAGUUUAUGAGGCAAACUUUUUCCAAUUUCGGCAAUGUUUGGAGAUGUCUACAUCAACUUGCUUCGAGUAUUUUCGUUUCGCUUUUUUUGAUUUUGGGCUUUUAUCAUGCUUUUUCAGAGAGUCGCUAGGCAGACGCCGUCGUUAGGAUGGUCGUCGAGCAGAUCGAGGUAAUUGAGCAUCGGAUUAUCGAAGAAGGUCGGCGACCUAGCGGAGGUACGCCAUAGAAGCCUUCAAAAACGUCUUUAGCGUCUGCGCAGGUCUUAGAAAGCUUAUUUUUUUCGAAUUAUGUUCUCAGAAAACUCCUUUAUGAGUCAGAUAAGUCUCCUAUUAGUCUCAACCGGCAUAAAUUCCUAGUUUUUGUGGCUAGUUUGCCUGAGAAUAGGAGACGUUUUUCUUUUUCUCAGAAACUAUAAAGUUUGGCAGAUUUCUGAUAUCCUGUUUACAUAAGAAAAUUUGAGUGAACCUGCAGAAUGUUAUUAAGUAGAAGGGGUUUUUUUUUGAUUGGGAGUUUUUUGAUGAUAGUUUCUAGUUCAGGAGCCCUACUGCCACCAAUCACGACGGUCCGCGAGACUCGGGAAACUUUCGAGCAGCGUGGCGACCAAAUUUUGGAUCACAGGUCAUAUAAAUUCGAGUGGAACGUUAUACUGAACAUAUGUAGAUAAUUGUAUAUAUAUAUUGCCAAUGACUUUUGAUUUUUCUAUGAAAUCAGGUUUCUGAAAAAAUAGGAGUACUGUAGAGUUCAGAUACGAGGCGACAGGUGAACGAGAUGUCAGCCGUGAGGCUUCAUUUCUACAUAAUUCUGCAAGUACGAAGAAAAAACCAGUUCAAGAAUUUUGAUAGAAAAAUCUCAGAUUACGGACAACAUUUGGAAGUCUCUCCGCAGCGGUACAACGUCAGUGCGGCGCACAACGCCAGGUUCGUCGAUAAUAUGAAAUUUGAAUUGUACUUCUUUCAUUUCAGUCUUCUAAACACAUCCGGCAACCGGCUCGACCAGUCGACGUCAUCGCCCAACAGAACGGUUAUCAACAACUUUGGCUACGACGUUCAUGAAAUACACACCACAGGCCAGUUCUUGCACGAAGCUUCGAUAAUAGUCUUCGGUUUCAGAAGGCGGCGCCCGAAUCGUGGAAACUCAUGGCGGCGGUCCUCUGCGCGAGAUGAGCCGUACGGAGACGUCGCAGGUCGAGGAGAUCGUCCACAGACCGACGGUGGCCAGCGCCGUCCGCAACGGCAAGUCCGUCAGAAGACGUCGCAAGAACUUCCCUUGCAGGUCUCCGGGGAUCCAGUCAGCAAGUGUUCACAGUUCCGUCGCCGGCCGGAGGCUCCUGGCGUCAAUAUCCCAGCGACAGCGAGUUGGUUCUUUUUCUUUUGAGGCGAUUCGAAGCCAGCGGCGUGAAUCAAGGCAAACAAAGUAAACGAUGCAAAUGCGCAUCCCAAAACUGUUUUCCUCGGUUCGUGUCGUCGGCCUGUCAGAAUAUGUAAGUAUUGCUUCAAAAUCAAUUCAAGUUAUUAUCAGACAGUUUUCAGAGUUUAGUUUUUUUUUUCGGUAAAUUGGUUUUCUUGGGACACGACUUGUGAGUAUCCAGAAAAACUUCAAAAUGACUUUCCAGCAUUGUGAAAUGUUAGUGAUCCUAAUAGACGGUGGCGAAAACACUCUCAAGUUUUUUUUAAACCCUUUCCAUUCAGUUUCAUUUUUAGAAAUUUCAUUUUUUGUGGUAAAGUUUUGGGAUAAAAGGUUCCUCAUCCAGUUUUGUUUGCGAAAAGGAAGCUUAUGACGAGAAUUGAACGUAUAUCUUCAGUUUUUGCUUUCCCGAGGUUCUAGUCUGCAAUUGCAGGUCGCUGGCUCGGAAAGACAGCUACCGCGCGAUGCAGACGUCUUGGGACGGCGAAGAAAGAAAAGACUUGUCUUCCAGACAUUUCCCCGUAGGUUUUCGAGCACUUUUCAAUGAAUAACCUUUACGAUUUCAGCCACGGUCUGAAACUUCGUUGAUGUCGGAAGCUCGAGAAAAAGUUUCUUGGGUGAAGCGUUUGAAGAACAUUUACGACGGCAUCACCUACGCUAUUCGGUAAGUUUUAUACGCUUUUCCAAUUUCUUGUGCUUUUUCAGGAAUUCUGAGUCGACCUCGCAGCAGCGGAUGGGUCUGUGUUGCAUUCUUUUGCUUCUUCUUUUGCUCAUUUUCCUUUUGUUCAUCAUAUUCCGAGCAAUUUUCAAUGCUUACGCGGUGAGUUUCAAACCUCUCAAAAGAGAAGAUCACCAAGAUGCUUUACAGGUGCACGAGUUUUUGUUAUUCCCGCCAGUUUGUGAAGAAUGCCGUCGGAAAAACCCUAAUAUUAUCUCGGCAGCCCUUCCAUCUUCAGGUAUUUCUCAGUUGUCCCUUUUUGAGAACGAUGCAUUUUCAGUUUUCGUGCACUUUUACUCGAGGAGCCAGGCGCACUUCGAACUUCGAGGCAACGCUCCUUUCAAGAGCAACAGCUUCACCGCGAUCGACUUUUCCACGGUGAGUCUGGGUUUUGUUUGGAAAUGACAAGAGUCUCAAGGGCUACGUAGCCUUUGCGGAUCACGCUCUGACGGACACGCACGGCCGUCACACCGUCUGUUUCUUGAUGCCCCUCGACAGGUCAGGCUGCCUUUGAAACGUUGUCAAUCCCCACAAUCCGAUACUUUGAUCAACAUCCUGAGAAUCGAUUUCAGAUUUGGGCUUGAAGACGAACGAAUAAUCUAGAUUUCUAGCUUAUAUAAAAACUUUGACUCUCGUUAAACUAUUCAACUGUGAGCAAAAAUUUGACCCAAGUAUAAAAAUCAUAAGACACUCCCCAACAACUUGAUCUAACUUUUCUGCCCCAUCUUUUUAUCUCCGCUCUUAUAUUUACGUAACUUUUUUGCUUCUUUGGCUUUUCCAGAGAGAAAAGAGGGGCAGACGUGCCAGCCUGUCUCAAGUCAUGACGAAAACAGUAAUUUCUUGGAGUUUGAAUGGUUUUGCAAACUUUUCCGAUAUACUAUUUAUUAUACUCAUCUAUUUUGGUAGAGAAAACAGGCUGGAAAAUAUAAACUAGAUAAUUUUUUGCCAACAAUGAUCAUAACUUUGAAAUUAAAAAAAGAUUAUGUUCAGGAGUGCCAUCGAGAACAUGGACUCGCUGUCCGAAGCGGUUUCAGACUCUAGUUACGAGGUGAGUUGCCCGCUCCGAUUAUCAUUGAGAAAGGUCGUUCUAGAUACAAUCGACAUUCGGUUGGCAAGAGUUCUGGCAAUUCGACCCCGAGCCAAUCGAGCCAGUCGCCGCCAACUCUAAGUUUAGCGACCGGAUCGAGGACUGUACCGGCGCCAAAUGGUAUCUCCUCCGGCAGAAUGUGCACGCUCGAGGUCCGAUCUGUGUUUCGCGUAGGAGGUUGACCCGUGCGAAGUUCAGACGCGUCGUGUAGCGACUGCUACGACUUUUGCCUGCCUGACUGGGCCGUGGUCCGCAAGGAGAAGUACGACGACGACUCGACGAUCGGCGUUCGUCGUCUUAACUGCUUCCGGCUCUACGUUCCUGAAUGGCGCAACUUCAGGUAAGAGCCUUUAAAAAUUGAAUGGUUCAUCUCGUCAAGAAAAAUGAAAACCUUCAGAAACGUGGUAGUACAUAGUUUGAGGAGAAUAUCCAUAAACUACUUUUUAUACUUAUUGAAUAUUUGAAUAUUUAUUUUUCAUUAGGAUUUCAAACAUCUUUUUUUAAAAAAAUCUCACUUUGACACAGACUUGAGUUUCGCCGCUUUCGUUCAUUUCUCCUCCAAAUCAUUUUCUUUUUGACGAUUUCGAGCGGAUAGAUUGGAAAAACAGAAUAGCUAAUGAAUCGCUGACAAAAAAUACCUUAUUUAGAGCAAAUCAUCAACAAUUUCCCUUUUAUGAGUUAUCUAUAAAAGCCAGGGAUGUGCGGCCAUUGUUCAGCAACGCGGUCGCGAGGCGGUCAAAAUUUAAGUGUGUAAAUCGGGGAGUGAACGAUCAAAAUGGUUUUUUUAACCAGAUAAAUUUAAUAGAAACUUCGAAAUAAUAGAGAGGUCUGCAAUAAUUGAUGGCCGAUUCGGCCAAACGGCCCAAAGAGCUCUGAUGAAAAUUCUUCAAGUAAUGUUCUUUUCAAAUCUUUCAAUAUUCAACUACAUGGAUUCUCUUUACGCACUUUCAGUAGAAGUUUUCAGAGUGGAGACAGACUUCAGCGGUGGCCACUGGCAGUAUCCUCUAGCGAGUCAAAGUACGAAACGAGACAAGCACGGAAACUGGGUCUCGUGGGUGCCUACGGGCAAGUUGGAGUCCAAGCGACAGCGCCGAGAAAUUCUUCAAGCCUAA